AUCACAUGCUAUAAGUGCACCUUUUGUGGCAAAAUGUUUGCAGCCAUGGAAGUGGUACUCACGCACUACCAGUCCAACCACAGGUGUUCCGUCAUUCCUCUGCUUACUUGUAAAGGAAUGCCAACUUUUGGACCCAAAAUAUCUUCGCCUAAACUAAAGGCCCCGAAACACAACUCUCUGAACGCUUCCCAAACCCGUGAGUCGAUUGGCACGAAAGGCAAGAAGAAGAAAAUUGUCACCAAAAGUGCUGUUCCUUUGAAACCAAAAGACGAUCUGAAGAGCGAUUCGGAGAAUAUUAAAUCCAAUGAAAGGACCGAAAGUGCGGCCAAUAAUAGGACUCGACUUUUGAGAGAUAGCACUAAAAACGUCAAACAAUUAGACAAUAAAUGCAAUGAAAGUUCUUAUAAAAGACAAUUCAGAUGUUAUUUCCCUGGUUGUUCCCAGAGAUUCAGCAGUAAAUCGGGUGUAGAGGUGCAUAAGAAGUCACACAAGAAGUUGAAGUCAUAUAAGUGUGAGUGGAAUGACUGUGAGUUCAAGUGCUCG